GCCAUGGAUCGCUCUCCAUUCUCCACGGCACCCAACACACAACACAGACACACCAAAACGUACGCGUGCUUCUCGAUCGAUCGAUCGAACCUGCAGCAGGUGUCCAAGCGUCAUGGCGGCAGCGAGCAGGGCGUCUCUGGUGCUGUUCCUGGUGGUGGCGACGAGCGCGGUGGUGGCGAGCAUGCUGGCCGUGGCCCCGGGCGCGGGCGCGGCGACGACGGCGUGCGUCCCGACGCAGCUGACCCCGUGCGCGCCGGCCAUCGUGGGGAACGCGGCGCCCACCGCGGCGUGCUGCGCGAGGCUCAAGGCGCACCCGGCCAGCUGCUUCUGCCAGUACAAGAAGAACCCCAACAUGCAGCGCUACGUCAACUCCCCCAACGGCAAGAAGGUCUUCGCCGCCUGCAAGGUGCCCCUGCCCAAGUGCUGAAUCAAGUGCAUGCAGCUAGAGUAGUGCCUAGUCUGUUCCUUGUCGAUGUCGACCUUGACCUCUCGCGGGCACGCACGCACUCUCGUGUAUGGUACUUAUGAAUACUUGGCUGAGUUAGUAUUUUGCUUGAGAAUAAACGGAGACGUAGUAAUUCAGUACUACUUCGUAGUUGGUACAGUGUGAGUCCUCUGCUCUGUGCAGACUUGGUAUGUCAUGUAUUUAUACGUGUCACACGUAUACUAUGUAUGAUGUUACAAAAUGAAUAAAAGUGUUGCCACUUCUGAGUUGACUUUG